AUGGAUGACCACAUCCUUGUGAAGAUUGUCAGGGAAAGCCGAUUCAAGAACUUGGGAGAGCUUCACAAGGAGUGUACUGAAGCCAUAAACCAAGCCACUCCCGAACACAAUUUUGCACUUAAUUUGGAAAUCAAGGUCUGGACUCUGGAGGAAGACCUGAGAGGCACGAGAAUCCAAAGUCCAUUGCAGCGCUUUGAGCUCUCUCGGCCACCGCGUCUCGUCCCUAUAUUGAAAUCUUCGACCCACACGGACACACGCAACCAUGGCAACGACGUUCGCGGAAACAAAUUAUCGUCCGUGUCUGAGGAGAGUGUAGAGAGCCAGAUGAGUGUCAUGGAGGCCCCUCCUGUGGAGCAGAGCUCAACAGUUUCAGAAAAGCAUGCCAGCAAGCGGAAGAAGAACAUAAUUUCUUGUUUCUUCAAGAAAGUACGUAAGGCUGUGAAGCUUCCCAUCUGCUCCAAGAACACAGUGGACUGUCUACCACAGCAGGACCCACAGUUUGACAACUCUACACCUAGCCUGGAAGGGUGGAACGACGCCGCUUUAUCCAGUUCGGAUGGCUGCCCAGAGCAGUCCAGCUUCACACUUCCAGGUGAAGUGCUUGUUGAACCAGUAAGGGCUUCAGCUUGCCUGAACCUAAAGACAGCAUCCAGAUUAGAUGACUCUAUACCUAAUGUCAUCAAUGAGGGCAGUACAGACAGACCGAAAUUGGAGGCUUCAGUUACAAAAAAGGGUACAGAAGAACAUAGGAAGAGGAGAGGAAUCCACUCUUUCUUCAAGAGCGUGUGGAAGGCUAUGAAAAAGCCUUUCUGCUGCCAGAACAAAGUGGAGCCUUUUGUGCCUCCACCAGAACUGGAUGAUCCUGAGCUGUCACCUGUCCCAGAGCCUUCAGACUGCGUCCCAACUAAUGAAUCCAUUAGCACUCGCUAUAUAGUGCAAAAUAUUAUUGGAGAAGGAGGCUAUGGCAAAGUGUAUGAGGGAAUCCGUAUUUCCGAUGGCAAAAAGGUUGCCAUCAAACGUAUUAAAAAAACUGUACGGGAUCAUUAUCUUCAAACUGUAAGCUGGCAAAACAUAAUAUGUAUUUAG